CCAAAGCCCCAGGCGCGCACGCCGACCAUCCGCUACUGCCCCAGGACAAUAGCUUGCAGGUUCUGAGACCCGGUGUGGGCUCAUACGGGCUUUCCGAGCAUCAUUCAGGCAGGGUUGGGGAAGCGGCAAGAAUUUGCCCCCGAUGUAUGCCCUCGAAAGAUUGGGCAUUUCCCAAGUUGGCUUCUCGCAGCGUUGGGCUGCAUCCGGCCCCCGAAUCUCGCAGACUACCCCUUCCCGGGGGGGGGGUUGGGGCCCUGGAUGCCGUGGGCGAGAACGAGGUUGGGGCGCUUCUCGCCAGUGGCGGCGGCCUACCCCUGGAAGACCCGGCCCAAGCCCUGCGUUCAGGAUAUGUUAAUGACGAGUGUUGUGGAAACGAAUGCGUACGUAGACCAGAGCGGAUGGCGGAGUGGGCUUGCAGGCGGCACGAGAGUAGGCAGUUAGUAGCGCAAGUUGCGAAUUCACAUGUUACCUCGUAACCGACGGUAAACGCUGUGGACGGUCGCGCCCAUGGCUGGCUGACGGAAAGCGGCUGCUGUAUUGGGAUGGCUGGGCUGGACGAUGGCGGCCGGGCGUUGCUUGGGAGUUGGGACUACCAGAAAGGAUGCGCCCGAAACCAACCUGGAGAACACCAGCGCCCCAUGUUGGAUUGUGAACCUGCCGUCCAAACUAAUACAACCUAAGCCCCAUCUUUCCCAUACGGCAAUAGAAUAUAUUGGGAUCCUUAAGGAGUUAAGCGCACCAGACACCACGUCUAACCCCACACAGGACGUGAAUUCAGUUAUAAGUUACAGUUUUUUUUGGCCCAUGACACCAGUCGGGGGCUUCCUAGGGCUUUUAGACCAAGCGCUCGCGCCCCGCAGCCGACCGCGCGUGCGCACACAGCGCUUAUGUGGGCGCAAAAGACAGCACACGACAAAUGCGACGACGGUGCAGGGGCGUGCUGACCGUGGUGACGGGGGCGACUCCAGCACGGUCGAGGCCCAAACUGUCAAGCGCCUCAAAAUGGAGAAUGAGACGCUCAAGGAGAAGCUCAAGGCGAAGGAGAAGGAGCACGAGGAGAAGCUCAAGGCGAAGGAUGAAGAGAACAAGGCCAAGUUACAAGCCAUCGAUGCCAUCGUUGAGGCGCUGGUCAAUCGCGAAAUCACGCCGGAUCAGCUGAGGCUCCAGAUGCGGGCGAUCGUGCAGGCUGAUGAGAUCGGCGGUGGCGGCAGCGGCGGUGGUGGCGGAGGGGCGAAUGUAGCCGGGCCCUCCGCGCCGCUGCUGGCGGCGGCGUCUGCUCACCAGCAGGUACCGGACACGCAAAGCGGCAUGGCGGCAGCGGCGGCGCAGCAGCAGCAGCAGGCCGGAGGAGACGGCGGCGUCGACGAGGCGGCGGCGGCCUCCGCGCGUCCUGCGGGCGCGGCUGAUGCCCCGCUGGCGGCCAUGAACACCGUCAGCGACAGCAGCGGCGCACGCGAAGAGGGCGACGCCAUGGCGGUGGCGCCGGCCGCGGAGGGCGUGGCCGCGGCGGCUGCGGCGGCGCCCGGUGGUGCGGCUGUGCCGAUGGAAUCAGGGGCGUCGGCGGAGGAGGAGGGGGCGGCGGCGGCCACCAUGGCGGACUCCCACUCGCCCGCCGCCUCCGGAACCUCCGCCGGCGGGUCCACUAAGUCGCCCGGCACAGCUGGGCCCGCGGCCGCGGCCGGGCUGCCGGCGGCUGCCGUGCCCACUGCCUCUCGCGUGGGCGGCGCGGCGCACACGGGCGGUGGCGGCGGCCCCAAGCGUGGCCGUGCGGCCUCCGGCAGCGGCGGCGGCCGCGGCAGCGGCAGAGGGCAUGGAGGCGGCGGCACUGCGGGGCCGGCUGCUGGCGGGGGAGGAGGCGAAGGUGCUGCCGCGGGCCGGCCCGGCCCGGCGUAGGGCUGUCUCCCUGGUCAGCGGUGGCAGUGUGCGGUCAGCACGCAUGCAGUUGUGUUGUUGAUACCCCCCCCCCCCCGCUUAGAAAAGCGUGUCCCUGUGUCGACCAAAGGUCGCUGCUGACAUCAGUGCUGCAUUCAGGUAUUCAUCGGCUGGUAGCUCGCUAGCAGCAGGAUCCGCAUGCUUUACGCUAGCUUAUAACCCUCAACUCCAGGGGAGGUGGAUGGUGGCAUCAAGCUGCCUGCAGUGUAAAUCUGUUCGGCU